AUGAGUAACUCUUCUUCUGACGAAACCACUUCUAGUGAAACUUCGUCCAAUCCAUCCACUACUCCUUCUCCCAUUCACACGAUAAUCGGUAAUCCUUUCGCAAUGAAUAAUAAUAAUGAAAUACAACAGAGAACACUUAAUGAUUACCUUCACCCCACCCAAACUUCCAUACCAUCAUGCUUCAUAUUUCCACCUAAUAUGCCAAGUCUUGGUGUCAAACCCGGCAUUAUUCAACUUUUGCCAACUUUUCAUGGAAUAGAAAAUGAAAAUCCAUACGUGCAUAUUAGGGAGUUUGAGGAAGUUGUUGACACUUUUUAUGACCGAGCAACCAUCAAUGAUGCUGCACGCUUAAAGUUUUUCCCCUUCUCCUUGAAGGAUAAAGCUAAAAGUUGGUUGUAUUCUUUGAGAUCUAGGUCUAUUGGAACAUGGGAAGAAAUGACCAAAACAUUUUUUGUUAAAUAUUUUCCUGUCCAUAAGACCAACAGUUUGAAAAGACAAAUCUCAACAUUUUCCCAAAAAGACAAUGAAACGUUCUAUCAAGUCUGGGAGAGAUUUAAAGAUCUCUUAAGUCAGUGUCCACACCACGGGUACGAGAGUUGGCGCAUCGUCAGCUACUUCUAUGAAGGCCUCACAAGUCGUGAGCGCCAGUUCGUAGAAAUGAUGUGCAACGGUGAGUUCCUUCAAAAGGAACCCGAAGAAGCUCUUGAGUUUCUCAUUGAGCUUGCUGAAAAAUCUCACACAUGGACUGGUCCAAGUGCUGCUGAAAGCACCAACAGAAAUCGACCAGCUGGGAUUUACCAACUUCGGGAAGAGGAUAGCUUAAAGGCCCAAGUCGAAGCUUUAAAAAAGCAAAUUGAAAUCCUUACGACUAAAGAUGGCCAAAAAGGGCGCAUGGUUGCCCAAGCACAAACUAGACCACUCGAACCUUGUUUCGUUUGUGGAGAAAAUGACCAUUUAGCUAAGGACUGCUUAGUUUACAAAGAAAUGAAGGGGGUUCAUGAGGAGCAAUGCAAUGCCUUAGGGCAAUAUAACAAGCCAUUCUCCCAUGCGUACAACCCUGGUUGGAGAAACCACCCGAAUUUCAGUUGGAGAGAUAAUUCCAACCAAGGUCAAACGUCUGGAGGACAAUGGAGAAAUGAGAAUCAAGCUCAACCUCCAAAGGCAUAUCAUGCACCUCAAUACCAUGCUCAACAACAAGGAAACUCCCUUGAAAAUACCAUUCAUGCAUUCAUUGAGGAACAAACCAAAAUCAAUCGCCAAUUAAAGGAAGAUGUCCAAGAAAUAAAAAGUCAAUUUUCAAAAUUGAACACAUCCUUAGCUAUUUCUGAGAAAGGCAGACUUCCUUCCCAACCUCAAUUCAAUGCACAAGGGCAACAUAUGGCUGAAACCUCCACCUCUAAUGAUCCCAUCGUUAAAGGGGUUAACGCCAUCACAACAAGAAGUGGUAAAGCUUUGGAAGAUCCAUCCAUCAAAACCACUACUUCAAAUUCAAAAGUUGCCCCUGACAGUGCACCGAUAAAUGCUCAAGCAAAAGUACCAUUUCCCCAGGCUCUUAGACCUGUUGGGAAAAUUCCUGAAAACCGAGCUGAACUCCUUGAGCACUUGACACAAGUGAAGAUUAAUCUUCCUUUGCUUCACAUCAUAAAACAAGUGCCAGCUUAUGCCAAAAUCAUCAAGGACUUGUGCACUGCUAAGAGAAAGCACCAUGUCAAGAAGACUGCUUUCUUGACUGAACAAGUGAGUGCGGUGAUCGAACAAAAGACACCGCCAAAAUAUAAAGAUCCUGGUUGUCCCACCAUUUCAUGCCAAAUUGGGACUCAUGAAGUCAGCCAAGCUUUGCUUGACCUUGGCGCGAGUGUGAAUCUCAUGCCUUACUCUGUGUACUCGCAACUUGGUCUUGGAGAAAUGAAGCCAACAUCUGUUGUGCUGCAGCUUGCUGACCGCUCUAUCAAAAAGCCUCGGGGUAUCGUUGAGGAUGUUCUUGUUCAAAUUGAGAAAUUCUAUUAUCCCGUGGACUUCCUUGUUCUAGAUACUCAAUCUGUGGUUAACAUGGAAUCCAAAAUUCCCAUCAUCCUUGGAAGACCAUUCCUUGCCACUGCAAAUGCUUUGAUCAAUUGUCGUAAUGGUCUAAUGAAAAUAUCAUUUGGAAAUAUGACACUUGAGGUCAACAUUUUUCACAUUGGGAAACAACUUCAAGAGGAUGAAGAAUGUCAUCAAACAUUCAUGAUUGACAAUCUUGUUUCUGAAGAGAUUCAAUUGCAAAGAAAUUUCGUUAAUCUUGAUGAACUCCUCUCUCGCCUUGAAAAUGAAAAUCCCAGUUUUGUUGAGUCCGCUCUUGCUACCGUUGAUCAAUUGGACACACAAAACAGAGGGAAGAAAUUUUGGAAGCCACACUUUGAAGCAUUACCUCGUGAGAGGGAAACGCUAAAAGCUUCUGCCGAAGAACCUCCCAAUGUUCAACUAAACCAACUUCCAAAGGGUUUGAAACAUGUUUUUCUAGGAGAUGGCCAAACCUUUCCAGUUAUCAUCUCGUCCGACCUUCAACUUUCUCAAGAAUUGCAGUUACUCGAGCUACUGCGAAAAUACAAACUUGCGAUAGGUUGGACAUUUGCUGAUAUCAAAGGUAUUAGCCCUCGAAUUUGCACCCAUCGAAUUAAUCUAGAAGAAGAAUCUAUCCCACGAAGGGACCCUCAAAGAAGAAUGAACCCCACAAUGAAAGAAGUGGUGAAAAAUGAAGUGUUAAAACUUCUUGAUGCUGCUAUCAUUUACCCGGUGGCCGACAAAAGAAAUGGGUCGAUCCGGCUUCAGGGGCCCUUGUUCCCACCAAAACUGUGA